UGUGUUGGAGCUACUACACAAGCCCUAACCCACGUGACCCACACACAUAUAUUUAGCUUUCACUAGCUACUAGUUAGAUAACAACAAUCAACCAUGUUCAACCUCUCUCACAGGUUAUGAAGCCCUUGCACUUCUACGAAGCAUUAUAACCAUGCAAUAAUCAUACAAUAAGCUUUUCAAAUAGCUGCUUCUUUCAUUCAAAUACCCCAUGCCAAAUGCCUGUCAAUACAAGAUCAAUCAACCGCGAAGAGAUCCCAGAGAAUCAGAUAGCUGGAUCCUUUCCAACAUCAAUAACCGCGCGAAGACAACAAGAAUAAUCAAGCCCAAGAUAAUCCUCCAGAACACGAAGAUAUGACAGACUGCAAUGAAGCCGCCAUUCCGAGACAGCAUAUUGCUCAGUUGAAUGACAAGAACACCAAAAAUCCUGAUAAUGAUGCCCAAUAACAAUGCCAAUAACAAUAUCAAUAUCAAAAAUACUGUGGAUCCGGAGGUCAGAUUUCACAAAACCAUAACCAUAAUCAAAACCAUAACCCCGUGGUAUCAACGAUAUCAUGGAUAUAACCAUAACCCGUGGUGUCAACGAUGUCACGGACAUAAUCAUAACCAUAACCGCCAGUAUCGACGCCAAAACGAUGGAAAUACCGAUAACGAUGCCAGGCCCCAGUGCCUAUAUGAUGCCAGGCCACAGUGCCUACGAUGCCAGGCCCCAGUGCCUAUAUGAUGCCAGGCCACAGUGCCUACGAUGCCAGGCCACAGUGCCUAUAUGAUGCCAGGCCCCAGUGCCUACGAUGCCCAUACCGAUGACCAUGAUGCCAGGCCACAGUGCCUAC